ACGAAAUCUGUGCAACUGCUGCCUAAACAAAAUAGCUCUUGGGUCUUCCAUUUCAGAGAUCUAAAAAAGGAAUAACAAUAAAAGUACUGGCUUGACAACUAAACAAGAAUUUGAAGAUCUGGAACAAGAGGUGAGCAAGAUGCUUAAAGAUGGGAACAGUGAUCAAUCCAAGAAAUUGCAUUUAAUCAACACAGUCCAAUUCUUGGGUGUCGAUUACCAUUUUGAGGAAGAAAUAGAGGAUGCAUUACAGAAGAUAUACGAUGAUGGUGAUGUAGACUAUGAUCUCUCCACCGUCGCUCUUUGGUUUCGACUCCUCAGGCAACAAGGAAUCAAGGCACCAUCUGAGGUAUUUAAAAAGUUUGUGGAUAAGAAAGGAAAGUUCAAGGCAGACUUGGUUAAUAAUGUCACCGCUACGGGACCUGAAGAGCUCAAGAUCUUCGAGAAAUGUAUUGAAAGAUGGGAUAUUGGAGUCAUAGAUCAACUUCCAAACUACAUGAAAUUAGCUUAUCAGGCACUAUUAGAUCUUUACAGUGCGAUUGAGGGCGACGUUGCAAAAGAAGGAAGACAGUACGCUGCACAUUACGGAAAGGAAUCAAUGAAACAACUUGCUAAAAGUUACCUAGUUGAAGCCAAGUGGCGUGAAGAAGGUUGUGUUCCAUCAUAUGAGGAGUAUAUGCACAAUGGCCUCAUAAGCAGUGGCAUUCCAUUGGUCAUAGCCGCAUGGGAAAGAGUAAUGAACGACGUUGCAUCUCAUCAGUUUGAAAGACAGCGGGAUCACCACGCCUCAGCUGUUGAAUGCUACAUGAAGCAACAUUGUGUUUCAAAGGAAGAAGCUGUAGAAUCACUUAAGAGAGAAAUUGUGGAUGCAUGGAAAGUGAUCAAUAAGGAGGGAAUGAUACCAACAAUCUUUCCGACCCCUCUUAUUACUCGCAUUGUCAACAUGACACGCACAUUGGAUCUACUAAACAAGGACGAUGAUGCUUACACAAGGUCUUACUUAUUGAAAGACCAAAUUGCCUCAUUGUUUGUGGAUCCUAUUCUUGUUUGAGGAGUAUCAUGAUUUCAUGUUGAAGUACAUGUCCUAGGAUUACAAGCUUUUGUACUUUGGGGUUUGGCUUUUCUUUUAUCUUUCUCUUGUGAUGUUUUCUGCUAUGCCAAUUAGCUUUUAAGUGGUGUAUUUAGGGUUGUCUAGUAUGUUGUAUCCCCUGCUUCGUGGGUGUUUGGUGUAGCUGGUGGAAGACCUUUUGAAGUCCAAAAGGUCCAACUGCACCAAACAUCCUAACUUUUAAGAUUGGCUUCAGCUCCCGAGAAGCAAAAGUUAGCUUCCACCUUUUGAAAAUUGAGAAGCAAGAAUUUGAAGCUUUUGCAGGAGCUUCCCAUUUCCUUUUAAUGAAAUUGGCCAAUUUUA